AUGGACUAAGAAAAGGAUUAAUUCUAAGAAUUUGAAAAGAUGAUUGAUGAAAUAAGUGAAUUGUUGACAAAGUUUGAUGAAUAAUUAUAAUAAAAUUUAAAAGUCGCAAUGAUUGUAGGGUCUACAGGAAAUGGAAAAAGCACUGUAUUUAAUUUCCUCUCAGGAUUUGAAUUCUAAAUUAACUAGGAAGAAAAAAAAAAAAUUAAAUAUCUAGCUUUAAAAAACCCUAACGAAAAAUAUGCUUCUCAUAUGGCUUCUGGAUCUAAACCAAUAACAUAAGUACCGCAAUACUUUUUUAAUAAGAAUAAUAAUUACUUAUUGAUUGACUUUCCUGGAUUUACUGACCCAGGUGGACUUAUAAAAUUAUCUUAUAUUUCUAUCUUGUUCAAUAGAAUAGUUUUAAAAACCCCCAUUAGACUUAUAACUGUCCUCAAAACUCCAGAUGGAGAUUUGCCGAAUCGAUAAUAAGAAUUAAACGAUUUUAUUAAAAGAUGUUUUGCCUAAGAUAUAAAAUAAUUUUCUCAAGUAACUUUAAUCCUGAAUUAAUACAUGGAUGAUUUAGAAGAUAAAGAUCUCAUUGAUUUGGUUAAAAAUUAAUUCUAUGAAAUUUCACAAAAUUAAGAUAUAUAUGAAAAUAUAGCAGUGAUAAGAAAAAUAAGGAAUGAUGAUGAUCUUGAAAGGAAAUUGAAUGAACAAAAAAGACAAGAAAUAUGGAAAGUAAUUGAAAAUUCUAAUCCAAUCAGAUUUAAAUCAACUUAAUUUGAUAAGCAAGAUGAAUUGGCAAAAUUAAUUAAUUAAAAGCUUGAUUAAAUUAUGCAAAAUUUAGUUGCUGUAAUCUCUAAAUAGGUUGAUAAUUCUCUUAAUAAAUUGAGCAAAUAAACAAUAGAGGACUUGUAUUAACAAUUUUAUAACAUAGAAUUGCUUGAGAAAAAGUAGAGUCGAUCAACUAUUUUUUCUAUAACAAACGAAUUAUUAGAAACAAUGUAAGAGAUUGCAAAAACAUUAGGUUGGGAAAAUAAUUAGAAGAAUGAAAUUACAACUUUUUUAAAGAUAUUUAAAUUUAUAUCAUUAGAAGAAGAUGUUAUUUAGAUUAAUGAAUACUUAAAUAAAAACAGACAAGUUAUUUAAGGCAAAUUAAUCAUUCAACAGAAAACAAUAUUCAAUAGGAUACUUGCGAUUGCAAAAAAGAAUGAUGAAGAUGAAAUUAAUUAAGAGAAGUAGAGAUAAUAAAAUUUAAAUGAAAAACGUUUAGAAGAGAAAAGAUAAAGGGAUUAAGAAGCUAAAGAUGCAAGAUAAAGGGAUUAAGAAGCAAGAUAAAGGGAAUAAGAAGCUGAAUCUGCAAGGUAAAGGAAUUAAGAAGCUGAAGCUGCAAGAUUAAGGAAUUAAGCAGCUUAGGUUAAGUAAAAUACCUAAAAUAAAAGUACAUGCAAAAUAAUGUGA